GUGCCGGCGAGGGCGCGCGGCGGGGCCUGCGAGCGCCCCCUGGCGGCGGGGCGGGAGAGAGGGCGGUGCUCCCGAUCCCGAUCCCGGUCCCGGUGGCCCCGGAGUCUCGCUCGGUCCCGCCGGCACCAUGAGCACCGAGACGCUGGUGAAGGACGUGAAACCGGGGCUGAAGAACCUCAACCUCAUCUUCAUCGUGCUGGAGACGGGCCGGGUGACGAAGACCAAGGACGGGCACGAGGUGCGAACGUGCAAAGUGGCCGACAAGACCGGCAGCAUCAACAUCUCGGUGUGGGACGAUGUGGGGAACCUCAUCCAGCCUGGGGACAUCAUCCGCCUCACCAAGGGCUACGCCUCCGUCUUCAAGGGCUGCCUGACCCUCUACACGGGGCGCGGGGGGGACCUGCAGAAGAUCGGCGAGUUCUGCAUGGUGUACUCCGAGGUGCCCAACUUCAGCGAGCCCAACCCCGAGUACGUGGCGCAGCAGUCGCAGAGCAAAGGGGCCCAGAACGAGAACGCGAGUGCUUCUGCCUCACAGACCACCCCGGGCCCCCCCGCAGCCCCCCCAGCCCCCGACAGCCAGAACGGGAACGGGCUGAGCCCGGGGGGCCCCGCGCACCCCCCCAGCGCCCCCGCGCACCCCCCGAGCGGCCGCAUCACCCGCAGCCAGCCCGGGCACCCCGGCCCCGCCUCCGGCCCCGUCAGCAACGGCAAAGAGACGCGGAGGAGCAGCAAGAGAUAACGGGGACCCUCCCCCGGACCCUCCUCCCUCCAGCCCCGGCACGGUCGGGAACGGCGGGGGGGGCCCGGCCCCCCAGCCCCGCGCAGCCCCCGGGGCGAGGAGGGGGUGCCC